GAUUGAUCAAUAUUUGCUUCUCCCUCCUCAGAAAAGGAGAAGAUAACUCGUACUAUUGUAUUCGUUUUGAAAGCGUUUCCAGCAAAGCAGUAUGUCCUCGGCGCUGGAGUCUUAUGUUAACCGGACAGUUUCCAUAGUAACAGCUGAUGGAAGAAUAAUUGUAGGAACGUUGAAAGGUUUUGAUCAGACCAUCAACUUAAUUCUUGAUGAGAGCCAUGAAAGAGUUUACAGCACAUCACAAGGAGUGGAGCAAGUCAUACUGGGAUUAUACAUCAUCAGGGGGGAUAAUGUAGCUGUGAUAGGAGAAAUUGAUGAUGACACAGACAAUGGAUUAGACUUCAACAGCAUCAAGGCAGAACCACUCAAUGCCGUGACACACUGAAGACAAGAGUCCCCACAUCAUUUAAAUCAUGCAUUGCCGUACCAAACAUUUGAGCCUUUGGCAACCUGAAGGCUUAUUAUUCCAUCAUCACUCAUAAUCUUCAUCUUUUUUUUUUCAUCAUUUUAAUAUCAGAGAGGAACAUUCCCAUGCAGUACUGUUCAAAGAAUUAUUUUUUAAUGUUUAAUUAUAACUGUGUACAAGGGACAUGAAAAAGAAUUUCUUCAUUUGAAUAAUUUCUAAUAACAUGGUUGAUGUUAAAAUUUAGAUUUAAUUAAAUGGUAAUCUAGAAUAUGAGAACUUACUUUUAUGUACAUGAUGAUGAAAAUGAUAACAUUUAUCUGACAUUUUUACAUCAAUUAAUUGUUUGUGGAUUCCAAAAGAUAAAUUUAAAUCAUUAAGUGUGAAGUCAUCAACAUUUUUCAUAUUAUACAUGUAUGGUUGAUAGAAAGUAUAUAUUUGAUGGAAAGUUACAUGUAUCUUUUUUUAAAAUGUUUUUUAGUUGUACAUUAUUAUAUAUGAAUGAGGAGUAAGUCCCAGCCAUUAUCCAAGCAUUGGGCUUGUAUUGAAAGUUGAAAAUAUAUGUUCUCUUAAUAUUUUGUAGAAAUAAAAUGAUAUGAAUGAAGA